GUCGCAAUAGUUAGAGCGCGCAAUUAGCAUAAUACGUUACCAAAAAUCUCGAGGUUUCUGUAAGACUGUUUAAGAAUCUGUCGAUGGUAGUUUCAUGAUUGCUAUCGUCUUUUGAGAUCAAGCUUCAUAAUGCUUUCUUCUACGUUUAUGCCUAUGAAAAUCAUUCCGUUGAAUUUAAUCCGCCGGUAAGAUGAGCCAAUUACGUAGUACUUAUAAAAACAGGUGCCGAAGUUAUGGUAUCAAACCAAGGAAUUUUGAUCCUCCCUAUUUGUCUGUUAAACCACCUAUUCAUGUGUAUCAAGGAGUACAAUUUGAUAUAAGCGGGCAUGAUUAUGCACAGUUAGAAAAAUUCACAUCGUAUAUACACAAGUUUUUCAAUAAUCAUGGGUUUGAAGUUGAGAAUUUUCCACUGCCUCCCAAAAAGAAAGCUUACCGGUUGUAUCAUACUAAUUCUACGAAGAUUCAAUCUGAAUUUGAAAUAUCGGAGUUCAGGAGAAUAUACAGAAUAUCUGGUUUGAAAGCCGUUCAUUUACCAAUAUUGUUGGAUCUUAUCUACCAGAACUUACCUGCAGGAAUUAAAAUUAGUGUUGGGAAGACAGAUAAAACAUUGGAUGAAGAUCGUUUUGUUCCUCAGUUGGAAAGAGAAGCAUUAGAGAAAGAGUUGUCAAAGCUCAAAGUCUAACAAUUUCAGUCUUGUUGUACAAAAAUACAAUUACUAAAGCUUGAGUCGAUUGUUUUAAAUUGUUUUUGGGAAAUUACAUUUCGUUGAUUUAGAAAUCAGGGGUUUCCUUUAGUGAAGUUUUGAUGGUAUUCAAGCUUGUUUAGCGUUUGAGAGAACCAUUUACCAAGUAUUUCUAGAUUUUACUAUGAUUUUGAAAUAAUUGUUAGUUGGCUUUUUGAUAUGUUAUUGCAUUAAAUGCCAUUGAACUCUUGAAAGCUCUUCUUUAAGGUCACAAAGUUCAAUGAUAAGUAGGAUUGUAAUUUCUCACCCGUGGAUUGAAUCAUUUUAUAAGUGA